AUGAGGAAGCUCAAGCAUCAUGAGAAGAAGCUUAUACGCAAAGUAAAUUUCUUAGAAUGGAAAGGAGAAGAUGGGCAUCGGGACACCUUGAUUACGCAUCGUUACCACAUGGUUGAUCGUGACGAUUACAAAAAAUAUUCAGGAUUGUGUAGGAUGGUGCAGAAACUGACGAAUGUGAUGAAACAGAUGGAUCCAACAGAUCCUUUUCGGAUUCAGAUGACUGAUAUGCUUUUGGAGAAGCUAUACAACAUGGGUGUUAUACCAACUAGGAAAAGCUUGGCUUUAACUGAUCGGUUAUCAGUUUCAUCCUUCUGUAGGCGCAGGCUCUCGACUGUACUGGUUCAACAGAAGUAUGCAGAGCACUUGACAGAGGCAGUGACUUAUAUACAGCAAGGACACAUUCGUGUAGGACCAGAGACGGUUACGGAUCCAGCUUUCUUAGUGACUCGGAACAUGGAAGAUUUCAUCACUUGGGUUGAUUCUUCUAAGAUUAAACGCAAGGUGCUCGAGUACAAUGAUAAAUUGGAUGACUAUGACCUGCUCGCCGCUUAA